AAAAAUCUGCAUCUCAUGAGGACUCCAGCUUGAGAAAUCCAUCCUAUUUAACCUAAAGAUGUGUGCUGUUUCUAAAGGCACCUCUCGUCGUUCCCCAUCACUGGUCUUACUCUUUCCCUUAUUCUUGCAGCUUUGCAAUACAACUGUACCAUGGUUGGCUAUACUAACUACUCUUAUGACGACAGACUCGCUGUUUUCAAAUGGGCAGGAUUAUGGACGCUCGCUGACUACAAUGCUACUAGCAUUAAUCAACUUAGUACGCUAACUUGGACAGACGACCUGACGGCCAACGUAACCUUCACUUUUCCUGUACCAGCUAAUGCGUUCUACUAUUACGGAACUGUUCACUGUUGUGGGGCAUUGUAUGCCAUAUAUACUGACUAUGAUCCCGAAAAUCCCAAAUUCGACACCAUCGACGCUGUCGACAGAACUGACGAUGGAAAAAUUCCUCCAGUCAUCCUGUACCAUAAAUCCUUUGAUCAGCUAGGAAUACACGAGAUAAUCAUAACCAACCAGAACGAUCCACGGGGACCUUCACAGUUAACGGUGGACAAAAUUGUACUCCAGGCUGAAGAUAAGAAUGUUACCAUUGCUACAGAAUUAUUGACGUCGACAUCCGGAGCAUUAUCCUCCUCCUUCAUCUCUGUGACCUCGUCUACCACCCCGGCGGUAUCUCAAUCAAGCGGAACCUCGCCUUCCGCUUCCCAAACCCCUAUAGGUGCCAUCGUCGGAGGAGUUGUAGGAGGCAUCUCGGCCAUCUCCCUUUGCUUAAUUGUAUGGUUUUUUAAGCGACAUCGCCAUCGUACACAGCCAGAGCAUAACGACAUGAAUACGAGUUCCUAUACCAGUCCCCAUCAACAGUCCCCAUUCAUUAUAUCUCACCCAAAUACGCCUAUCCCUACCCCGUAUACCGUGAUGGAAGCCACCUCUCACCGUAUGUCAAAGGGUGGAAGAAGAGCUUCAGUGACUGCUGGACCUUCAAUUUCGAAUGCACCGUUGGGACAGGCACACCCCUCUUCAUCACGUAUGGCCUCCGGUGAACGCUGGCCUCAGCGGGAAAAUGAUGCGGGUCGGAUAGACACUGAUGAUGGUGGCAACAAUACUGUAACGUUCCCGCCUGGGUACGAGGAUAUUGUCAGUGGUGGACAUGUUGAACAGCUUAUCACUAGAGGUCCAACCCUCUAGUAGAGGGACGUUGAUUCGUAGGUUGCCUACACCUGAGGUUCGAAGGCCUCCCCCCUCGGAAAGCGGGCCUUCUUGAGCUUCUUGACAACCUUCUCGCGAACUCGUCCCGUUUGAUGAGGACAACCCUCCGCUCAUUAUUCCAUAUUUUCUUUCUAUUUCAGGUGUAUGUAGACGUGUAAGUUACCUGCUGUAGCACUUAUUUAAGUUUCGAGAAAGUGGUUGUUCUCAUUGGUCCUCCAAUACUACGACUUGUAUUUCAAUGUAGAGCAUGUACGGA